AUGAGUCGUCGCAUCGAAGCCCUGGAGGAAGAAGCCACCACGACGGGUGCCGCUGGCGGAAGCCCUCGGUCGACCCAGUCGCAGAAGAAGAUCACUGUAAAGCUGGCGAGCAACCUCUUCCUCAACCUCCCCGAGGGUCUUUCCGAGCUCUCCUACUCGAGGAUCGGCAAGACUCGCAUGAUCGCGUGCUUCAUGAUCGACGGCAGUGACCGCUACACCGCCAUGACCAUCAAUGCCAUCAACAGCUUCCUCAAGUCCACGCCUGAAAUGCACGCCGGUGUGUUGGUGCCGCCCUCGUGGGGCCUCAGCAUUUUUGCCACGCGCGUGGUGCCCCAGCUGAUCGCUCCCGAGCGAGUCAUCUUCAAGAAGUGGGGCCAGCACUUUGCCCAGUGGAACCCCACCCAGUACAAGCUCGACAUUCUCCAGUUCGCCGACGAGUACGACGUGGUCCUCUGGCUUGACUCGGACACCAUUGUGUAUGACGAUCUGCGCCCGCUGUUGUUCGCCUUCUACAAGUCGCCGGCCAAGUACAUGUUCGUGCGCGACCAUGUGUGCUUCCUCCCGGAGUUCCUCAACAACUACCCCUUCAAGGACAACAAGGGCGGCGCCUUCGUGCCUCAGGCGUGCUUCAUGGGAUUCAAGGCCGAGCACAUGAAGCGCCUUUUCAACGUCUGGGAGGACACCUGGAGGCAGUGGAUCGAGCCGGAGCCGUUCAAGAACUUCGCCGACCCGCUCCCGUCCUUCCCUGGCAGCAAGUUUUGCAUUGAGCAGUACGCUCUCGGACACGCCCUGGUUCUCGCCGAAAUCGGCGAGGAGGACAUCCUGGAGAUCGCGCGCUCCCACAUCGUCCUCAACACACGCAACCCCAACCAAACGGGCCAGGCGUCCACCAACGGCGCCCACCAUGCCGGCUAUGCUGGGCACGGUACGGGGAGCGGCGCUACCGGGUACGGCACGACGGGCGGAGAGGCCCAGCGCCAGGCGGGUGCCAGCGUGCUGUCCGGCUCGACGGCCUACGCGGGCCUGCCCUCGUCCCAGUUCCUGGCCACGUCGGCCUUCCUCGCCUUUGCCUCGGCCAGCUCGUCCUACGGCUCGUCCUACCUCGGCUCCUACCCCUCGUCCUACCUCACCUCCUACCCCUCGUCCUACUGGUCCUCCUACUCCUCCUAUGGCGUCGCCACCGGCGGCACCAUCACCUACUUCGGCUCGACCACCACCGACCUCCACCAGCGCAACGCCGCGGGCCAGGCGGGCGCCGCUGGUUUCGCUCCGGGCACGGAGGGCGGCCAGGAGGGCAGGCAUGCCUACCCCGACCUCCCCGAGCACAUCGCCAUGGACAACCUGGGCGCGUGUGUGGUGCACUUCUACAACAGCUUCUACGACGCUGCCCACUACUGGUGGACCGAGAACGAGCAGUCCAUCGUCAAGGCCCUCAAGCCCCAAUAA